AAUCAUCACAAAGAAGGAAGUGAUGUGUCACGCUACCUCGCUGUCAGUAUAAAGGGUAUGGGCUGUGCUCCCCUCAAUUAGACACUUGAAUAUAUACUGGAAUUGGUGUCACUUUCAGUCAGACAUUCCACAAGAAUGGCUGGUACGUUCCGUUUGAACAACCUGGGGCCACGUAGGAUGAUGGUCUUUGAGCCCGGUGAGAGGAGACCUCUGCAGGGUCAGGAAGGAUGCACCAUAGAAGUCAAUGAGUAUCAACCUCAACCUAUGAAGUGGUCGGAAGAUACACACUUCAACAGGUCCUCUCUCAUGGAUUUGAAAGUGAAGGAAGCAUUGCAUGAAUUGCACCUACGAAGAUUAAGGGGACCUGAAGACAAGCGUUCAGGAUACCUGAGGUCGGGUAGAACAGAGUCUCCAACGGAAGUUGGUGCGUUAAAAUGGAUGACAAAGCCGGAGAUGCCUGUAGUAGGACUCCAGGGUAGACACCGGUUGAGAGUGCCAUUCUCACUGGGUGUCAGGACACAGCCAGACAGAUGUGAUGAAGAUUGCACCAGGAACGUUCUGGAUAAGCGGAUACAGAAGCUGAAGUCUUCACAGAUUGAAGAUCUUGUGGCGUUUGCAAAGAAAGAGAGCGUAGAUAUCUACAAAUUAAAAUCUAGUGGUCAGGUUCGUCUGAAGGGACCACUCCAAGGCCUUACCAAAGUGUGUCAUUAUUUGGAUCAGACUCUACAAACAGUAGCUCAUUUUGGUUUUGUGGCGUAUCCCACUUGCUGGGAAAGCGUCGAGUCUGACCAGAGGGUUUUCAACGUUGCUGAAGGAAGCAUAGAAUACAAGAGUGUGAAGAACAGUUUCAUGGCGGCUUUGUGUAAACAGAGAGAUCAUGCUACCAUCUUUAAGAUUGAGAGGAUUCAGAUUCCGGAUCUGUACAAGCAGUACCAGAUCGCGAUGCAGACUGUCCAGAAGGAACAUCCCUUUCAAGAUAAUGAACGCAUCAUGUGGCAUGGAACUGACGUAGAAGCUGUUCCCAACAUCAACAAAUAUGGAUUUAGCAGGUCUUACAGCGGAAAGAACGCUGCUUUGUUCGGACAAGGUGUGUACUUUGCCGUGGAGGCAAGCACCUCUUCCAUGGACAUGUACUCUCCUCCAGACACCCAUGGAAUCAAAUAUGUCUACAGGGCUCGGGUCCUGACGGGCAGAUACACCAAGGGGGAUGCCAAAAUGAGGGACCCUCCCCUUGUUGACCCUACUCGCUCUGUCAGGUUUACCUCAACCACAAACAACACUUCACGACCAUCGCUGUUCUGCAUCUAUCGGGACACACAUUCCUACCCAGAGUACCUGAUCUCUUUCCAGCUGUCACUGCCUCAAACAUCAUAG